GUCCCUCCCCUGCCCCGUUCCUGCAGGUGACCCUUGCCCGCCUGCCUCCCAGAAGAAGGCUGGGUCCCCUUCCUUUGGGCGUCUUUCCUGUUUCCUGCUGCCAGGUAAUGUUAACCUCGACCCUCUGGACAAAUCUCCCUAAUCAGACUUUACUCCUCCAUCUUAAAUCAGGUCAGACAUCAGAGGGGAGCCCACUACUUGUUUCCUUUCCCCAGCUGAGCUUCCCCUUCUUCCGUCGUCAUUCCCAGAGUGUUGGCUCUUAGGAUUCCUGGGGUGAGGAGUUGCUGAGAACAGUUUCUUCCCCACACAAGCAUUUGGGGUGACCACUUAUCUGUCCUUUCCCCUCCUCCCCAACUUAGGGACACCUGGGUCAAAUCUUCCCAGGGAACAUGGGGAUAGAGGUUGGAGACAGGAGAAGCUCAGUACCAGAUAUAAGGUGGGUGGGAUAGGAGUAUAUACAGGAAAAGGCUCAAGUGCUAUUAACUAACUGGGUUAGGGGUAGAGGAGAAAAAACAGCACAAGUUCCUAACCAUGUGGCUGUCUUGGGGCAUAAAGUGGCUUGUCCCCACCUCUGGGCCCAGCAGACUGAUCUUUGACCCCCACCCCAGAUAAGAGUGAAUCAUUAACUCCUAUGUGAACCUUCCUAUACUGGCCACGCCCCAAAGCAGGUGGGCUAGGAGGGGGAGCCUAUCCAUCACGGCCCUCUAUAUGACGUGGACUCCAUUGCACCUUGGCACCUGGAGGCUGAGCCCAGGACUCCAUUGCACCCGGGCACCUGGAGUUUCCCCCUCUCUGGCUUGGGAACUUCUUAAUGUCCACAGCAAGGCCUGCAGGGAACUGAGGGCACAAUCCUAAGGAUGUUCCAGAUGGAAUAGAAGCCAGAAUCAGAGCUCUAAUUCCUUUCAAUGAUGGGGGCCCCAGUGUGUUUUCUGCUGGCUGGCCUAUGUGUAGGGUUGAUCUUAGGCUGGGUAGGGGGUUCAGUCCCCAACCUGGGCCCUGCUGAGCAGGAGCAGAAUCACUACCUGGCCCAGCUGUUUGGCCAGUACGGAGAGAAUGGGACGCUGACAGCAGGGGGCCUGGCCCGGCUUCUUCAUAGCCUGGGGCUGGGCCGAGUUCAGGGGCUCCGCCUGGGACAUCAUGGGCUUCCAACUGGUCCAGCUGCACUCCCAGCUGAAGACAAUUUCACACACAGGCCACAGGACCCUGAGCUGAGCAUGGAUGUCUGGGCAGAGAUGCCACUGGGUCCCUCAGGGUGGAGUGACUUAGAAGAGUCCAAAGCCCCCCACCUACCCCGUGGGCCAGCCCCCUCGGGCCUGGGCCUCUUUCACAGGCUUCUACUACUGGAUCAUUCAUUGGCCGAUCAUCUGAAUGAGGAUUGUCUGAAUGGCUCCCAGCUGCUGGUCAAUUUUGGACUGAGCCCUGCUGCCCCUCUGACCCCCCAUCAGUUUGCUCUGCUGUGCCCAGCCCUGCUUUAUCAGAUCGACAGCCGUGUGUGCAUCCAAGUCCCAGCCCCAGCACCUCCAGGGAAUCUACUUUCUGCCCUGCUUCAUAGUGCCCUGGCAGUCCUGUUGCUCAGCCUCCCUACUCCCCUCUCCCUGCUGCUGCUACGGCUCCUGGGACCUCGUCUAUUGCAGCCUCUGCUGGGCUUCCUGGGGGCCCUGGCCGUGGGCACUCUUUGUGGGGAUGCACUGCUACACCUGCUGCCACAUGCAAAAGGAGGGCAACACACAGGACCUAGCGGGCAACCAGAGGAGGACCUGGGUCCAGGGAUAUCGGUGCUUGGAGGCCUCUUCCUGCUCUUCACACUGGAGAACACACUGGGGCUUUUGCGGAACAGAGGUCUCCAGCCAAGAUGCUGCAGGCGAAAAAGGGACCUCGAAACACCAAACUUGGACCCCGAGGAUGGCAGUGGGAUGGCCCUUCGGCCCCUACAGGCAGCUCCAGAGACAGGGGCUCAGGACCAGAGGGAGCAGAACAGCCAGUCCUCACCAACACCAGCCCUCCCUGGGCACCAAAGCCACAGUCACAGGCACCAGGGUGGCAGCAGUGCCAACAUCACAUGGAUGGUCCUUCUAGGAGACGGUCUACACAACCUCACCGAUGGGCUGGCCAUAGGUGACUUUGCAAUGCUGCUCCAGGCAGGGCUGUCCUUUCGGAGGCUGCUGCUGCUGAGUCUUGUGUCUGGAGCCCUGGGUCUUGGGGGUGCAGCACUUGGGGUGGGGCUCAGCUUGGGCCCUAUCCCCCUCACUCCCUGGGUGUUUGGGAUCACUGCUGGGGUCUUCCUCUAUGUGGCCCUUGUGGACAUGCUGCCAGCCCUGCUUCGUCCUCCAGAGCCCCUGCCUACUCUCCAUGUGCUACUGCAGGGGCUGGGGCUGCUGCUGGGGGGCAGCCUCAUGCUUACCAUAGCCCUGUUGGAGGAGCAGCUCUUGCCCCUGGUCCCUGAUGGCUGAUGGGGGCCAGGGGCAAGGGGUCCAGAUUGCCCUUCCUUCCCCCCAACCACAGGAAUGGAGGCGGGACACAGGGCCAGUAGGAGCAAUAGGAUUUUAAUAAACAGAACCCAUCCCAAA